AUGCCUAUCUUUCUAAGAACUGCGGCGCCCUCUAACGCGCCUGUCCCGUCCCGUCGCACGAAGCUGCAGACCGCCGUCAUCGUCGCCUCGCUCUGCGCCGCCGUCUUUGUCGCCGCCCUCGACGUUACCAUCAUCACCACUGCCCUUCCCGCCAUCACCGAGUUUUUCCGCUCCCCCACAGGCUACCAAUGGGUCGGUAGCGGCUACGUCCUGCCGCACACGGCGAGCGUGCCGUUGUGGGGCAAGCUGUCCGACAUCUGGGGCCGGAAGCUCGUCAUCCUUGCGGGCGCCCUUCUCUUCAUCGCCGGCAGUCUACUGUGUGCCCUGGCCGCCUCCUUUGCGCUGUUCCUCUUCGGACGCGCCGUGCAGGGUCUCGGUGCCGCGGGACUCAUCACCCUCGUCAACAUCUGCAUCAGCGACCUGUUCUCGCUGCGUGACCGCGGCCUGUACUUUGGCUUCGUCUCCAUCGUCUGGGCCCUGGCCAGUGGCCUGGGUCCUGUCCUGGGCGGCGUCUUUACCGACCGGCUGACAUGGCGGUGGUGCUUUUGGAUCAACCUCCCCAUCGGGUCCGUGGUCUCCGUCCUCGUCUUCUUCUUCCUACGCCUCAACAGCGCAAAGACCUCCGUGCGCGAGGGCCUGCGCGCUAUAGACUGGGCAGGCACCCUGCUCGUCAGCGGAGGCGUCCUGAUGAUCUUGCUGGGCCUCGACUUUGGCGGGCACAUGCACCCUUGGCAUUCUGCCGUCGUCAUCUGCCUCCUCAUCUUCGGCCUCGUCUGCGGUGCCCUCUUCGUCGUGUACGAGGCAAAGUGGGCUAGAUUCCCCCUCAUCCCGAUCCAAAUGUUCUCCACCCGUUCGAGUGCCGCAGCUUUCACCCUGUGCUUCUGCCAUGGUUAUGUCUUCAUAGGCAUUGCCUACUAUCUCCCGCUGUAUCUGCAGGCCGUCCUUGCGUCAACGGCGCUGCGUUCGGGGCUCUACUUGCUGCCCUACAUCCUCUCCGUCUCCAUCUCAGCCGCCUUCACCGGCGCCCUCAUCCAGUGGACCGGCAAGUACAUGCCGUCCGUCUACUCGGGAGGCGUGUUGCUCUGCGUCGGUGCCGGGCUCCUUAUCAGUCUGGGCCCGGAGCCCGAAUGGGCCAAAAUCAUCGGCUACCAGAUCGUCGCCGGCACCGGCGUCGGCUUCAACUUCGAAGGCCCCUUGCUCGCGGUCCAGGCCGUCAUGGGCGCCGACCAUGUUGCCACCGUCACGGCCACCAUGGGCUUCGUCCGGACCAUGUCGACGGCCGUCUCCAUUGUGAUUGGCGGCGUGGUGUUCCAGAACCGCAUGGCUGACCGAUUCUCCGGUCUCGAAGCCUCCUUGGACCCGCGGCUUGCGGCGGAGCUGGCCGGCCCGGAGAUUCUGACCAAGCUGGACGUCAUCGCCCAACUCCCCAGCAGCCAGCAGAGGGUCGUGCGAGACACUAUUUCCGCUUCACUCAGGGACAUGUGGAUCAUGUAUACCGCCGUUGCAGGGCUAUCACUUAUCGCGGGUCUUUUCAUUAAAGCAUACCACCUCAACACCGAGUUGGAGGCCAGGAGCACGCACGAGAUACCGGCAGAGAAGGCUACUUUACGACAACAACCACAGCCACAACUACAGCAGCAGCAGCGGCAGGAACGAGAAGGAAGAACAUCGGCACUGUAG